CACAAAAAAUGACGACUAAAUUGCAGUAGUUUCCCAAUUGAUCUAAUGUUUUCGUCUUGAAAAUCCUGUUGUAGUGUUUCGCCACAAUCUACUCAAAGUUAUGAAAUAGAGAUCAACUAUUAGAUCAAAAUGGUAGACGAAGGCACGCGCAAGACCCUGAGUAGCAUCCCGCUACUGCAAACCAAGGCUGGGCCUAGGGACAAAGAAUUGUGGGUGACACGUUUGAAGGAAGAAUAUCAGGCACUUAUCAAGUAUGUAGAGAACAACAAGGCAGCAGAUAAUGACUGGUUCCGGCUGGAGUCAGAUAAAACCGGCACUCGCUGGUUCGGCAAGUGCUGGUAUGUGCACAACCUGCUGAAGUAUGAGUUUGACCUGGAAUUUGAUAUUCCCAUAACGUACCCAACAACGGCCCCCGAGCUAGCGCUGCCCGGCCUCGACGGCAAAACCGCCAAAAUGUACCGCGGCGGCAAAAUCUGCUUGACCGACCACUUCAAGCCACUCUGGGCUAGGAAUGUUCCCAAGUUUGGCAUCGCGCACGCUAUGGCUUUAGGACUGGGACCCUGGCUGGCGGUGGAAAUCCCUGAACUCAUAGAGAAGGGGGUCAUCUCCUACCAAGAAAAGGGGGAGGCGAAGUGACCACAUGUGUAUACCUGAUUAACAAUAAACUAUCAUAUUUUUUCUA